UAUUUUUUUUGUGGGGGGACUUUAGAAUUCAUUCGGUAUGAAAGAGUUCGCCGAUGAAUAUUCCAGCGACAACCUAUCCGAGCUAAGCUGUUUCUUUCUAACAAAUUAAAACAGCUACCCAUAUUUCUUCAUUAAAAGAAAAAAAAAUCCUAGCUUUACAAAAAAGGCUAGCUAGCGAAUAGCUGCACAGAGAGAACAAACAAUGGCGAUUAUAGGGAAGGAGAUGGUGAUGAAUAUAAUGAAGCAAGUGGGAGAGAAGAACUGCAUACCAGUUUCCAAAUUCUUGAUGGGCAUGCCCAAUCGGAGCAUGUACUCUGCUAACCACAUCCACUUCGCUAAUCCUUAUGGGGGCAGUUUGGUCUCGUUGAGGACGUGGCAUUCCCUGAAUGGACGGCUUAGAUCCCGGGUAAAUAUUGAGGACGUUGACUCUCACGCGCCAAAUGUUUAUUAUGUAAAAGUGGAUCCAUGGCGUAAGAUUCCAGCGACGGCUUAUUUCUCUCCGAGUUGUGUACGAGUUGACCCAGUGGCCGCCAUGGAUUUGAGCCCUACGAAGCUCGAUUACUACCACGACAUGUGGAAGCUCAAGUCCAAUGCCACGAUCCUCUCCUACUUUAAAGGCGAUGAUGGCCGACACGCCCUGAUAUUGGACCGUACGGUGUUCCAUCCCCAGGGUGGUGGUCAGCCUGCGGAUACAGGGUUCAUCACCCUUGCUGAUUCGGACUUCAAGUUCGUUGUUGAAGAUGUACGGUCAAAGGACGGCGUUGUUUUCCAUUAUGGUUUUAUUGAAAAUUCUAGUGGGGAUUCAGAAUCUAAGUUUGAGAAAGGGAAAGAAGUUCUCUUGGAUGUUGAUGAGCCAAGGCGCAAGCUAAAUGCAAGGCUACACUCAGCUGGGCAUUUACUUGAUACAUGUAUGCAAAAUGUUGGACUUGGUGAUUUAGUGCCAACUAAAGGCUAUCAUUUUGCUGAUGGGCCAUUUGUUGAAUAUAAAGGCAAAGUUGAUCCAAAGGAAUUAGAAAGUAAGCAGAAGGAAUUAGAGUUGGAAGCUAAUACAUCGAUAUCGAAGGGAGGGAAAGUUAUUGCUGCUGUAUUAUCAUAUGAAGAAGCAGCUGAAAUGUGUGGUGGGAGUCUUCCUGAUUACAUUCCAAAAGAUAGCACUCCUCGAAUUAUUAAGUUAGGAGAAACUCCUGGUUGCCCGUGUGGUGGUACCCAUGUUUCUGAUAUUUCUGAGAUCAAGAGUGUGACAGUAGGUUACCAACCAGAUUGUGGAAAAGCCAUUGUUGGUCGAAGAAAAAGCCGUUUGACUGUCAAAGAAUGUAAACUUAAGAAUGUAUUGCCUCUGUUUCUGAUUCUCAUUCUCAGAUGUGGCUGUAGCUGUUCAUCUCACGCACUCAGUAUAAUCAUAGCCAAGGACAUCACAAUCACUGUGAUUUGGGUUAAAUCAGAAAGAUGACAAAAAUGGGUGUGAGAAUUCAAACGGAGGAUGAAAAGUAAAGGUUGAGCUGCAAGUUGCGUGGAUGCUAGCGUCUGGGAUUUAAUGUGGUCCACAAAUACACUUUGAUGGGUGAAAAGAAGAUUUAUUUUUUUUGAACACCCACUUGUUUUAAGCAUAUUGCUCCAUGUCCCCACAAAAUCAUUGAUCAAUAGAAGAACCCAAAAAAUACGAAGGAUAGGAAGAUGGGAAUUUUCUAUGUUC